AUGAAGAUUCAUCUCUUUUUCUUUAUUCUGCUCUUUUGGGUCACAAUUUUACCAGCCAGAAAGAAAUAUCCCCAGUAUGGUAGCUUGGAUUUGAGGAGAGAGUGCAGAAAGGGUAAUGGCCGAUGUAAACUUGAGUGCCAGGAAAAUGAAAUUAGGAUUGCUUACUGCAUGCGACCUGCAACCCAUUGCUGCUUGCAGAAGUAA